CCCAUCACCUUCUCCAAAAUCAAGCAUCUCAAGACUGCCAUGGAGAUAUGGCAAGGUCUUGGGAAGCUAUGUGAGGGAUCAGAGGACUUGAGAAAGCAGAAGAUAGAAGUCCUGCUUGAGAAGUUCAAAAGCUUCAAAAUGCUUCCCGGAGAAUCAUUCGAUAUGUUGGAUGAAAGAUUCCACAAAAUCUUGAAUGAUCUUGCCUCACUUAACCACGUUCUUUCUCCCAAAGAAAAGAAUGUAAGGUUGCUGAGAUCUCUUCCAACUGAGUGGUACACCAAAGCCACAACCAUGGAAGAAGGAAGAAACCUGGAAAACUACACUGUCCAGGGUCUUCUUGAUGAGCUCAGAACCUAUGAGCACGAGCUGAAGAAGAAGAAGGAUGAACAAGUCACUCCCUUCCCCACGGCACUGAUGACAACUCCAAGAGUUCCAUCAAGUGAAGGGACAUGUCCAAGAAGCUGUGACACACCUUCCUCCAGCCAGCCGUCAAGCUCAAAAAUGGAGAACUACGAUGAGGAAUUUGCCAUGAUGGUCAAGCAAUUCCGGAAGUUCAAGACGUUCUUCAAGAAGGCCAACUCAGUCAGAAGGCCAACCAAGGGAAAGCCACAAGUGGAAAAGUACGGAGAAAGAGAAAGGAACGAGAAGAAAAAGAAGGCAAUGGUUGCUGCUGAGAGUGACGAGUCAUCCAGCUCAAGCUCGGAUGAAGAAGCCCUCAUCUGCAUGGAGCGCAGAGUUGAAAAGUCCAACCAAGAGGAUAGGUGGACUAUGUCAGAAGAUGACACUCUCUGCCUAAUGGCCAAAGAUGAUGCUAAUCAAGAGAAUCAGACAUAUCCUGGAGCUCCGUUGCGCAGAGUGCAGGAUUUCCGAUCUAAUGCUACACUCGUUGGUGCAAAAUCAUAUGUUGACACUCUUAAGGGUUUCUCGGCGGUCGCGCAUCCACCGUCUUCUUCGAAGGAGACGAUACCAUCUAUCCAAGAGACGGUCACUCAGGAGGCCCUCAACCCAAAAGCACCAACAGAGAACAAUGGUAACUCCUUUCUUCCCCCUCCUGUCAAAGACAUCAUCCCUAUGGUUUUUAGCAUCUUUGAGAAGGAGUUCACUCUGUCUACAUCUAUUUAUAAUAAAAAGAUAUGUAUCUCUGAGUUUUUCAAACGAAGGAAGCACCCAAUUUGGCUUGGUUUGGAUGCUGGAUACCGGCUUCUCAAUACGUUAUCUAAAUUCACCAUGGAUGGUUCCAUAGAUUGUCCAGACAAGACAGAACCUAAGAGAUCCCCCUUUCUUAGAUUUAGACCUAGCCCUAAAGGAUCUUUUCUUCAACUCAUAGAAAGAAGACAAGAUGGAAGGAGUAUGAUAUUCAUCCAAGAAGGCCAUCAAGGUAAUGGCUUUACAACCUUUAAAGCUAGAUUGGAGCUAGUCCUUAAACACCUAUCUAGGGCUAUUCCCCCUCCUGAACCUCUCAUAGACAGAGCUUUAGUUUGCGGAUUUUCAAUUCCCACUCCCACUGAUACAUCCAUGUACAUUUCCUCCACUCUAUUCAAGUUGGAAGUCUGCUCUGUCAUGGAACUAACAAUAAACCCCCUAGCAGUUCCCAAUCCCCCCUCUGCAGUCUGUCAAACCUCAACUCCUGCACUGAAAUGCUCCCUCCUCUCUGCAAAAGCCAAAGAUUUUGUCCCUAAAACAACCCAACAUCCGGUUUCCACUUUAAGUCUAGCACCUCCUCAAACGGCUCUCACUUUCUUGGGUUGUUCAACAUUGUAUACUGAAAGAGAUAACUCUUGGAACAUCUCUAAAGCCUAUGGAUCUGAUUUUGAGCAGCAACAUUGUUCACAGAAAGGACACCUUCCAUUAGAUGACACCUCUGAAUGGGAAACUAAUUUGGAAUCAGAUGAAGAGGAGAGUAAAGGGGAUUGGCAUGCAACGAAAGAGUCUGUCAAGAAAAGAAAACAAGCAAGUAGGUUCGGUCAUUGUUGUUCCACUACAUCUUCCACCUUCCCUGCCGGAAAACUCCCCACCGGUGGGAAGAAUAUUGGGGGUAUGGAGACAAGAAACAAAUGGACAGUGGUCAGCCAUAAGAGGAAGGAGAUUUUGGACACCUCCCCUUUGGUACCUAUUCUCUUGGCUACUCCUAAGCACACAAGCAAUGCACAUAUCAUCUCUAGAGGAGGAAGUGCUAAAGCUAAUGUCAUUCCACUCUCAUGCCAGACUAGGGGCAUGAAAGCAGCUCUAGAUCCCCUUAACAUGGUGAUUGGUCCGGAACAAGCUGGUUUUCAAAAAGGGAAAUCCAUUGAUGACCAAAUCCUCUUGGCCCAAGAGAUGGCUCAUCAACUGGAACGCAAGGUUGAGGGGGGAAAUAUCAUAAUCAAACUUGACAUGGCAAGUGCUUUUGAUAGAAUGAGUUGGCAGUACCUAGAAUCAGUGCUAAGGAAGAUGGGUUUCAGCAACUUUGUCACAAGCUUACUGCUGAGCAACCUCCAAGCCACAAUGAUGUCCAUCAACAUAAAUGGAAAGCCUAAGGGUUACUUCCCUAUGAAGAGGGGAGUGAAACAAGGGGAUCCUCUGUCCCCUCUUCUCUUUAUUCUAGGAAGCGAAGGUUUAAGCAAAGCUCUUACACAGGGGAUACAUUCCAGGUUCCUCAAACCUUUUAACAGUGGACGGGGGCCAAUCAUCACUCACCUCUGUUAUGCAGAUGAUCUGGUAAUUUUCCUCAACGGUAACACCCGUAACCUUCUUCGCCUAAUGUCCAUUUUGAAAGAGUACAGCCUAGCCUCGGGUCAAGACAUUAAUUGGAUGAAGAGCAGGUUCUUUGUGAGCUCCAAGACCCCCAUCAGAAAAUGCUUACAAAUGGAGAAAGCUCUCCAAAUUAGGUGUGGAAAACUCCCCUUCAUUUACCUUGGCGGGAACAUCACUAAAGGUAUCCUUAGAAAGGAGGGUUGCCAACCUAUACUUCAACAUUUUGACAAGUUUUUGUCCUCUUGGUACUCUAAGGUCCUUAACCCCAUGGGCCGGUUGAUUUUGAUCAAACACGUACUCUCCUCCAUUCCUCUACAUCAUAUGGCAGUUAGUGAACUUCCAAAAUCAAUCAUCAACACCCUCCACGCCAAGUUGAAGAACUUCUUCUGGGGAUACACCAACGGCAAUGCCAAACAUCACUGGAAAUCCUAGGAAUAUAUGUGCAAACCAAAGAAGGAAGGGGGACUUGCACCAUGUCCAAAAGGCCUACUCCCUAAAACUCAUUUGGAAGAUUAAUCACGUGGAGAACCUUUGGACAAACUUUAUGAAAGCCAAAUACAUUUCUAAUAGGGCAGCUAUAAAGGCGAAUCUCCCGG